UCGGGCUGAUCAACCCUAAAGCUCUAAAGAGAUGUGUCUCAGUAUAAGGAUGAAGCUUCUACUGAGCAGUCUGUUCCUCGCCUCUCUCCGGGCCCGCUCAUCUGGCAGUGUUUCAUCAUCAGACACACUUGUUGUUACCCAGACUCCUGAUGUCUCUGUCAUGGAGGGGGGGGCAGUCAACAUCACCUGCUGCUGGACACGCCAGCUUGAGCAAGUGAGAGUACAAUGGCUGAAUCAUAUAAAUGAGAUUGCAAUAAUUCAGAAUAAAAUUUUCAGCUGGACGAAUCAGUCUGAAGGAUCUCUGCAAAAGGAAACAUCUAACUGCUCACACUUGAUCUUUACGAAUGUCACAAGAGAGGAUUCUGGGAGAUACAUCUGCAAGGUGUCUGUGGAGAUACCACUUUUACGUGUGGUUUCUGGAGAUGGCACGGUCAUCACAGUUAGACAUAAACCCUCCACAAAGGACACCAGAGAAGGUUCUCAGAGGGAGGAAGUGUUCAUUUAUAUCUACAGGUGUCUGCCCAUCAUUUCCCUCGUCAUAUGCUUCCUCUUCUUCUACAUUUUAGAGACUAAGGCUCACACACCAGCUGCUGCUGGACAUAAACUCCCAGGAGAAAACCAAGAAGAAGAGGAGAUGGAUGAGAUAAAUACUGAAGCAGAGUGAAGAUAAGACAGGAGGAUUUGCAUUGUCUCGAUUAGAACACAGAAGCAU